AUGUCAUACAAAAACCUAUCACAUUUCCCUGAUGGAAACUCCCAUGUUGUAUACCACACACAGCUCGAUCGUCUAGUCAUCGCCAAUAGUAAUGGAGUGGUAAAAAUAAUCAAUUUAGAAGAUAACGAAUCACUCCCCAUCUCCAUUGACUCAUUGGUCAACUUGACCUCCGUGGCAUUAUACGGCAAAGAGCUAGCCAUCACCACGACAGAAGGUAUAUUGGAACUAAUCGAUCUCGAGAAGAAUGUAUCCCGUGGUAGUAAAUACCGAUCCGAACUUGCAUUGCGUGAUGUAGCAUAUGUAAACCUGGGAAACAGAAUACUCUGUGGUGGAGAUGACAACAAAUUGAUCAUUAUUGACUUACAGCACCAGCAACAACAGCAACAGCAACCAGAAGACAAUGACGGCGAUCCGAAUAGUAACAAGGAUGGCAAGGUCACUAGUGUAGACUUGCCUGAUCAACUUUUGAAUAUCGCACAUGACAGUGCCGGUGAGCUAAGCAGUAUUAGCUUGAGCAAUGGCUCAGUUGAAGUUUACUCGGUGUACAAUGAAAAAUUGAAUCUCAUACACACUUUGCACAAUGUGAUUCCUAAAAAGAUCAAUACCUCAAUGGAAGAAGUGGAUUAUGCAGACGAACAUCGAGAAGAGUUGUAUACUACAAAAACUCAAUGGUCUUUGGAUGGAAAGUAUUUGCUUGUCCCAGGAUUAAACAACGAGAUUAAUGUUUACGAUAGAGAAAGUUGGGACAAGGCCAAAAGCUUCAAAAGCGAUGGUCGUAUAGUAGAUUUUAGCCUCCAGGGCAAUCAUUUGGCAAUCUUGACAUUGAAUGACUACAAAGUUUACAAUUUCAUUACCGGAAAAACUAUAAAAGAAGAUGAUUUCGAAUUCAAUUACGAAGGAUUACCCUUGAAUAUAGAAUGGAGAAACAAGACCGAUCUCUUGAUUGGCAGUACACAUGGUGAUGUAUUGGUCUUGAGAAGCGCAAUUCCAAAUAAUGAGAAUGGAGCACACGGCGUUGCUCAAUUAUUUGUUGAUGAUAUGGAGGAUGAUGAUGACGAUGACGAUGAUCACGAUGAUGAUGAUGAUGACAUAGACGACGACGAUGGAGAAUUGGGAAACAAGAAGAGAGCAAAAAUGGCAGCAACCCAAGCUAAUGGAUAUAGUACUAAUAAUAAUGUGGAUGGUGAUGGUGAUGGUGAUGAUGUUGGCAAUAAUCAAAAUGAAAUUGAUGAGUUGUUGAGUAAAGCAGAAGCACGUCAGAAUAAUCAUCAUAAGCGAUUGCGCGAGGGAAACCUAAAAACUAAUGGUAAAGUUCAUGGCUUUGACAGCGACAACAAUAACAACAACGACGACGACGAUGAUGACGGCAACAAAUUAGAUGACGAUUUUGAUGAUUCCAUACUUGAUAAUGAAAAUGAUUACAGGCCUGUAACUGAAGGUUAUGUUAAUGGUUAUAAAAAACGCAGAUCUGGUACACCAACUUAUGAUCAACAGCAACAGAAACAGCACCGAGUUGGCUUCUAUGAAGCGGCAUCGAAAAUAGUUCCCUACUCACCCGGGUCUACGCCAUUUCUCAAUAAAGGCGAGACUGUUGACAGGAGGUACCUUGCAAUGAAUAAUGUAGGGUACGCAUGGAUUGUAGUGAAUAAGGAGUUGGGUACAAGUAAUAGUAUCACUGUUUCCUUUUUCGAUCGAUCAUUGAAUAGUGAAUACCAUUUCACAGUGGACCAGAACUUUGACCUUGCCUCGUUGAACCACAAAUGUAUUUUAUUAGGAGACAGCUCGAAAGGAUUGGUAUAUUACAAGUCGCAUAAUGAUGCGGGGUCAAGCGAUGCCUGGGAAAGAGUAAUUCCAUUGGUCAAAGAUGAAUACAUCACGAGUAUAUGUGUAACUAACCACCCCAAUUUCAACACCAUUGUUGUGGGUACAAAUGUUGGCUACUUAAGGUUCUUCAACCAGUUUGGUGUUUGUUUAAACAUUAUCAAGACCAACCCUGUUGUUGCCCUUAGUGCUGCAUCAACUACAUCAAACAUCUUUAUGGUUAAUCAAAAUGCAGCAAAUGUAUAUUCGUACUCAAUAAUUGACAUUGACCAAGAUAACAAAUUUAUUCAACAUAAUGGAGUUAUACCAAUAAAGGAUCGUGCAAAUCGACAGUUGAUUAAAGGUUUGUUCUUUAACGAGUAUAAUGAUCCAUGCAUAGUUGGUGGGGCCGAUAACACUUUGCUUAUACUCCAAGCAUGGAGAGAACCUGGCAAUGCAAGAUGGGUCCCCUUGAUCAAUUGUCAUAAUGUCAUUACCGAAUAUGGCUCGAAUGAGAAUAAGAAGAACUGGUCUUGUUGGCCAUUGGGUCUUGUCAAUGACUCACUCAAUUGUUUAAUACUCAAAAAUGGACAGUUUCCCGGUUUCCCACUUCCAUUACCUGUUGAGAUUGAAAUUGAAAUUCCUACAAAGCUCUCGCAUGAUGAAGAUUCAGCAGAAGAAGAGUUUUUGCGUUCGCUCACUUUAGGUAAGUUGCUCAAUGAUACAUUAACCAAUAGAGACGAAGAUGAUCAAGAUCCAGGACAAGAGGAAGAGGAGGACGCAUUGAUGGACAAGUUAAACCAGUACAGUCUCUUGUUUGACAAAUCGCUUCUCAAGAUGUUUGGAGAGGCAUGCAAAGAGCUGAAGUUAAACAAGGCCUUCAGCAUUGCCAAAUUGAUCAAAAACGACAAGGCACUAUUGGCAGCAUCAAAGAUCAGUGAGCGCAUGGAAUACUUGAGUUUGGCCGCGAAAAUUGGACAACUUCGAGAGCAGUUGCUGAUAGAAUUGGAUAGUGAUUAA